AUGUGGCACACUGAUGUGGUGUUGCGGUGUGUGCAGGGCGCGUCGAUGCCGUACGGGCACGUGUCGCCGCCGGCGAGCCCCGACGCUCCGCGAGCGUUCGUGCAGCACCAGGGACUCGAGGGCGGCGCCGGCCACUACGCUGGGCCGGCCGGCGGACGGCUGUCGCUGCACCCGUACCCCAGUGUGCGCGUCAUGACGCCGCCCGCGUCGCCCCACCUCGCCAACCUGCUGACGGGCGGCCGCCACCAGCUGCCGCCCCCGCCGCCCCCGCAGCCAGCUCCGCCUGGCCCGCCACCCUUCGUCGACGUGCCCUCCGCAGCGUGCAAGGUGAAGCGCGGCCGGCGCCGCUGGGGCCGCAAGAAGGUGACGACGCACACGUGCACCUACACCGGCUGCACCAAGACGUACACCAAGUCGUCGCACCUGAAGGCGCACCUGCGCACGCACACGGGCGAGAAGCCGUACCAGUGCGGCUGGAAGGGCUGCGGCUGGAAGUUCGCGCGCUCCGACGAGCUGACGCGCCACUACCGCAAGCACACGGGCGACCGGCCCUUCCAGUGCCGCCUGUGCGAGCGCGCCUUCUCGCGCUCCGACCACCUAGCGCUGCACAUGAAGAGGCACAUCUCCGUCUAGACUGGGCCACACGGACCUCGUCACAUUCGCGUAGUUUCCGCAGAUUCGCCACCGCCACAGGACGAGCGACGCUGUAUUUUCGUGGACACUGUUAUGUGAUAUGAAGCAUGAGCGAAGCGAGUGUUGAAAGCGACCUAGACUAGUAUGAAACAAACAAGAAUUUUAUUCCUGUAAAUUCGUUCCAGUCUUUUAGUUUCUCCGCCACUGAAGGCUUUACACAUAUUUGUCACUAUACUGCUACCGUGAAAUUUCUUUCAGUGUCAUAGUGGCUGUCUGUACUUUUAUCAUUCACAAUGUAAGAGAACACGUUUAUCAUUUGGUACUCUGUGUACAUAUUGGUACACAUCUCGGACAUCCACGGUCAACGUUACAGGUUACAGCAUGUAGGGAUCUCUUGAUUCUCUACAAUUAUAGUAUAUGGAGUGACCAAAAUGAAACAGACGGCCCGGAAAAGUCUGGCACAAAAUGAGUUACUCUAGUUAAUCAACAACUGAACUGUUACACAAGGUGCUGGAAAUGGCCACUGUUGCCGUCAGUGAGGUGAUGUAUGGGUUUUGUCGAACUGUGACAUUGUACUUUCAGUGUGCUGUUGUUGUUAUUCUAUUGUCUGGAAGUUACUUGUUCAGUUUGCUCCACAGAUAGACAGAACAAGCUACGUUGGAGGCCAGGAAGUUUUAUAAGCUUUGCAGAUUGCACUUUCCUCACCGAACGUUUGAUGAACCGGUGCCGAAGUUGCGUAUUGGGUGUGUUCUGUUGCUCCAUCUCGCUGAAACACCCAUAAAAUAGUUCGUCUCCUUUCCACAUAUAAAUCGUGAAAAUCUCUUCCUCCUUUUUUUCUUUUAUUUUUAGGGAGAAACAGGUUGCAGAUCCAUAGUUGAGAGUGAUUAUGGAAGUAUCUCCCAGGAAUAUACUUUAUUUCUCUAUUUAUUUGGGUAUAACCAGUUUCGAAGGACGAAGCCUUGUUAUCAAGUGCUCAUGCCCGCUGAGAGUAGACACAAGCUGACAUCUUACCACCGGGUACACAUAUGAGAAACUGGAUUACACAGAUCCUGAACGUACCUCUUGGCAUUAAAAGUUUCAUUUAAGAAUUAUGUUUUGAUUCCUAUACAUUGUGAACCAGACUACAAAUUGAACACUACAGUGUUGCAGAUCAGCGCACAGGUGACAAUUUUUUAGCACACAAAGGUGCGAGUUCGUUGCGUUGCUACAAACUGACGAAAACACUUUUCAAGACAGUUUUAUUCUCGCCACCCUGUAAGUCAACACGCUCCACAGCGCAAAUUAAGAUUGAUUAUCUGAUGCGUGUCUAACUAGCUCAGAAUCUAAAUUGCAAUCUGCGCAUUAGUUUGUUUCAAUCUUGUCACUCCACAACAGCAACCUGUCGAAAAUGCAACUACUUAUGAUUCUUCACUUCCUCCUCCAUCUAGCUUUGCUGGAUCUCUAUGGUACGUUUUAUUUGUGGAAUAGCUUCACUGGUUCAAAAUCGGGCCCUGUUAAUGUUAACGGUAACGGUUACGAUUCUUGAGAAAAGGGUGUAUCUAUAUUCGCGCUAGCUAAUUUUCGUUGAUACCCAAAUUUUUUCGAGUGUGUGAAUGAGUAAAUUCUUCGAGUAAAAAUUAGUAGGUUAUAUUGUUUAUGUAUGGCGUUUCAAAUACUUCAUCGAAAAAAAGACGUCAGUACAAUACUGGGAUCAGCAGUAGAAGGCAGAACUGCACGAAUUAAACUGUAUCGGUACAGUACUUUACAUCCUACAUUAAAUAAGAGGAAAGCUGUAGCGAAGGCCGCCCUUCGUCCAAUUCGUGUUUGGUGCUUGUAUUCUGUUCCACUUUCACAUUUCAAAAAGAGAUGGCAAAUAUUCACCCACUUGCUCUGUCUUUCCUUAGCCGAAUAUGAAUCUCCAUAACUGUGUCAUUGAAGUUUGCAAACCUCUCACUCCUAUGUCAAAAGAUGAAUUAUAAAGAAGCGACUUGUAUCAUUCAAAAUGUGUGUUCAGCGUCCUUGGUCUAAUUCAUAGAAUAUUCGCAGCAGUAGUUGCUAAUUUCGUUUUUCUAGUAGAAGCUGAUGGUUAUAUGUCGUAGCACAGAUGUUACAAAAUUUCAGAACUCAAGUGAAUUCGAAAUAUAAACUUUGGUUUAUCGAAGACCUCUUUAAUCAGCUUUUCAUGAGUCCACAUAGAUCACAUAGCCAGCAUAAUACUGUGGGACUGUUUGUGGGAAACUGAACAUAAGAUCGACGAAGCGCGAAGAAGACCAACAUUCUCAGGUACAAAACGUCCGAGAGUACAAACCGUGUACCGUGCUCCAAGCAAUACUGACAACAGUCGAGUUUUCUUUCUAACUCAUUGCUUUCUGAGUGAAAUGCCUGCAGCUUACAGGAGCACAUGAGCGCUGAUAUAGAGUGAAAUUGUGGAAGAUGUUCCAGCGUUUUAUGUACUACGGAUGAAAAACCAUGUAUUGUAAAGAUUUUUAUUGUAGUUCACUUAUACUCCAAAUGUAAAUAGUCUUAUUUAAAUAUUUAUGAAAUUAUCAGCCAAGUAUGAUGGCGAUUUUUGUCACACAAUUGUUGUUUGAUUCCGCUUUUUUGUCCAUGAUACAAUCAUGACUUCAUCUUUUAUUCCCAUUAUAUUCUCAUCUUUUUACUUCUGAGAGGCUAAUUAUUCCCAGACAUUGUGUAAAUAGAAUGAUUUCAACGGUGAUAAAGUUGCUGCAUCGCAUAAAAUUCUUGCAUUUAGUUUCGGAAGUAAUGUCAUUAGUGAUGCUUUAUGUACUUUAUAUUUAUUUUAUGGAUGCUUUGUGAGAGAAGUCUUCGAAUUUUUAAAAGCAUAAAAUCGUGUAGUUGUCAAAUAACGCGACAAAAGGCCAGUAUUUAACAAAUAGAAUCAUCGACAAGUAAGCUUUCGUUAUCUCGAGUAGAAUUCAAAUAAGGUGACCUUCAUUUAAGAUCAUGAUUCUCUUCAGGCAUAUAGCUUUUCAAAUUAGUCCGUUCCCAGUCGGUAAAAUCAAAAGGUCGCUUGUCGAGCAGUAUCUUUGUUGGAAGCACUCACUGUUAUCACAGCAAGACCCACGUCUGACAUCGGUACGCUUUUAUGCGUAGAGCUAUGAGGAAACUUCUUUACUUCACCUUUAUGCAUCAACAAGAUACAAUCAGUGUUUUGCACUUGAAUAAUUAGAAACUUUCAUUAAUUUAUUAUCUGUUUACAUUCCCUCAACAUAGUUAAGUAUUGCUCUCCUCUGCUGUUACCACACUUCUUACCAAGAUUAUUAAAUGACCUACUCUUCCUGUUGCCACAGAUAUUUUGCUCGAGUUUCUUUAUUAUAAUUUCCUAGUUUGAGGAACAUGUUGCGAAUAUCUGUAAUACAUGACACAUAUUUACUGUAAUACGUUUAUAGCUUUACAAUAAUUUCACUGUAUUCGCCUUCGCACAAAUUUAACAGUUGAAAUUAGUUUUCGAGGCUUAAGUUAUUAUUCACUGUUCUUGUGUAAGUUGCUAAGGUAUCUUAGAACCAGUUGCACAUUACAGUAUCAGAAUUUGAAGUGUUUGCAAAGAAUUUCAUGUAUCACUCUUCGUUUACACUCAAAUAAACAUCAGCUUCAACGUUACAGGCUGCUAUACUGCCGCUCUAGACAUGUACAGCUCACAGCUUUUACAUAAAUUGUUUUGCGAAAUCGUUUCCUGUCUGUUGUACGCUUAAACUAACUCACAGGUUCCAGACCAACUCCAAAUAAAUUUGAAAUAUGCAAGACUUUGCAGCCGUGUUCAGACACCUUUACUUUUUUUGUUACUGUGUCUUUCGAUUGGAAAACAGUGAUGUCUUCCUUCCUGAAGAAUUUAGUGAUGAUCAGCUGAAAGACUGUUGUGUCUGUGAUAUCAUAAU